UGCCCCACUUACUCAUCUCUCUCCCUCUCAAAAUCUCGGAAGCCCUCCAAAAUCCAUCACUGUUGAAAAAAAGGCCCAAACCAUUGAUAUGGACAUCCUCUACAAAACCACCUCUUAUUCCUUCCUUCACAUCCCAAAGCCAUCUCUCUCCACCGUAUCCAUUCCCCUCAUCUGCAACACCCACCGAUAAUAAAUAAAUAAACAAAACCAAAAAUACUGAUAUUUCACCCCCAAUUUUUAACAUUUAACCCCCACUUUUUUGAAAUGCUGACCCAAUCCUGCACCAACCUCCUCGACCUCUCAUCAUCCCAAGAACUCCCUUCUCUCCGCCUCCCCCGCGUCGUCACCGCUCCCGGCAUCAUCUCCGACUUCUCAGACCCCACCCCUCCUCCCCCCCCGGCCCGCCGCAUCAUCAUCGUCUCCAAUCAUCUCCCCCUCCGGCCCCACCACGAAUCCCGCUUCGAAUUCGACCCUGACGCUCUCGUCCUCCAGCUCAAAUCUGGCUACCCUACCGACACCCAAUUCAUCUUCGUCGGCUCCCUCGGCCCUCACUUCGACAUCAACCCAUCCGAUCACGACGAUGUCGCCCGCCACCUGUUUGAUAGAUUUCGCUGCGUCCCAACCUUCCUCCCGCCCGACAUCUACCAAAGAUUCUACCAUGGAUUCUGCAAGCACCACCUCUGGCCCUUGUUCCAUUACAUGCUCCCGCUCUCCCCCUCCCGAGGUGGGGCCCGCUUCGACCGCUCCCUCUGGCAGGCCUACGUCUCCGCCAACAAGAUCUUCGCCGACAAGAUCAUGGAGGUUAUCAACCCAGAUGAUGACUACGUGUGGGUCCACGACUACCAUCUGAUGGUUCUUCCGACAUUCUUGAGGAAGCGGUUCAAUCGGGUCAAGCUCGGGUUUUUCCUGCACAGCACCUUCCCCUCGUCGGAGAUCUACCGCACGCUGCCCGUUCGCGAUGAGAUACUCCGGGCACUGCUGAAUUCGGACCUCAUCGGAUUCCACACGUUUGAUUAUGCCCGCCAUUUCCUUUCGUGUUGUAGUCGAAUGCUGGGGUUGGAUUACGAAUCGAAGCGUGGGUAUAUUGGAUUGGAGUAUUAUGGGCGUACCGUGAGUAUUAAGAUCUUGCCUGCUGGAAUUGACAUGGGUCAGAUUGAAUCUUUGCUGUCGAUGCCUGAUACGACCCGCAUGGUCCGGGAGCUGCGGGAGAGGUUUGAUGGGAAGAUUGUGCUAUUGGGUGUUGAUGAUAUGGAUUUGUUUAAGGGGAUUAGCUUGAAGUUUCUGGCAUUGGGUCGGCUUUUGGAGCAACGGCCUGAUUUGAAGGGGAAGGUGGUUUUGGUGCAGAUCACAAAUCCAGCUAGGAGCCAGGGGACGGAUGUGCAGGACGUCCAGAAUGAGACCCGGGCAGUGGCGGAGAGGAUCAAUGGGGCCUUCGGGUACCCGGGUUAUGACCCAAUUGUCGUCAUCGAUCGGAUGGUCCCGACACACGAGAAGUUCGCCUACUACACGAUUGCAGAGUGUUGCGUUGUGAAUCCAGUGCGGGAUGGGAUGAAUUUGGUGCCAUACAAGUACACGGUCUGCCGCCAGGGGAUCCCUGCAUUGGGUGAGGAUGGCCCGCCGAAGAAGAGCGUGAUCGUGGUGUCGGAAUUCAUUGGGUGUUCUCCAUCCCUCAGCGGAGCCAUCCGGGUCAACCCGUGGAACAUCGAUGCGGUGGCCGAUGCCAUGAAUCUGGCCGUAACCAUGCCGGACACGGAGAAGCAGAUGCGACAUGACAAGCAUUACAAGUAUGUCAGCUCCCACGACGUCGCGUACUGGGCCCGCAGCUUCGAUCAAGACCUGGAACGAGCUUGCAGAGACCAUUUUGUGAGGCGGUGCUGGGGCAUCGGGUUCGGAUUGGGCUUCCGGGUCGUGGCGCUGGGGCCCAAUUUCAGGAAGCUGUCUGUUGAGCACAUUGUAUCGCCAUACAAGAAGGCGAACAGCCGUCUGAUCUUGCUGGAUUAUGAUGGGACCGUGAUGCCACAGGCGUCUGUGGACAAGACACCCAGUGGCGAGGUCAUAUCUGUAUUGAAUGGAUUAUGCAGCGAUCCGAAGAAUGUGGUUUUCAUAGUUAGUGGCAGAGGGAAGGAUUCAUUGAGCAGGUGGUUUUCGCCUUGUGAGAAGCUGGGAAUUUCAGCCGAGCAUGGUUACUUCACAAGAUGGAGUAGGGAUUCUCCAUGGGAGUCCUGUUCGAUAGCAACAGAUUUCGAAUGGAAGAAUAUUGCGGAACCUGUGAUGAAACUCUACACCGAGGCGACUGAUGGCUCUUCAAUAGAACACAAAGAAAGCGCAAUUGUUUGGCACCAUCAAGAUGCAGACCCGGAUUUCGGUUCGUGCCAGGCAAAGGAACUGCUUGAUCACCUAGAGAACGUGCUCGCAAACGAGCCGGUCGUUGUUAAAAGGGGCCAGCAUAUAGUGGAAGUGAAACCGCAGGGAAUAAGCAAGGGUCUCGUUGUGGAAAAGCUCAUCUCAACCAUGUUGAAUAAUGGGAAGCCCCCAGAUUUCGUCUUGUGUAUUGGGGACGACCGGUCUGAUGAGGACAUGUUCGAGAGCAUCGCGAGCACUGUCAACAGCCCGUCCUUGCCUGCGAUAGCCGAGGUUUUCGCAUGCACAGUUGGUCAGAAGCCAAGCAAAGCAAAAUACUAUCUCGACGAUACCGUGGAUGUCAUAAAACUGCUCCAAGGCCUUGCAGUUGCAUCAUCCAGACCACCAAGAACAGCCCAUCUUCGAGUGUCAUUUGAAGGGUCUCUUUGAAUUGAGUUGGAAGUCUCCACGCAUAUGUUCUUUUAGAGAAUUACAUGGCGAAAUCCUGCUCUAUAAGCAGGCAUCCUGGUGAAUUCCCAACUUGGGGUUGUUUGUUUGGAGACAACAUACCAUUGGCAAAUUGCAAUCCGCUUAUUCGGUAUUCUCUCUCCUGCUGGGUGCAGUGCCACAUGAAGCUGUUUCGACGGAUAUCGGAAGCCAUCUUGUACAUGAUAAUAUUUGCUUCCACAGAUCAUAUGAUACGUGAAAACUAAAUCAGAUUUUUUUUUCCCCUUCAACUCUGAUAUCUGUUCUUCACUUCAUGUAGAGAGAUAAUACUGACUCAGCAACCAUAAAGAAAUUGAUCAGCGGCGGUCCUGAUAUAAAGAGAAUAAACGGGUUGGGUCUGAUGGGUCUGCAGACCUGAUACACUGGAGGGGAAUUGAUCUUCUGGCCGUGCUUGCUCUCAGAUGUACAUAUCUAAGCAUAGUCUCUUUUAUGUUAUUUAAAUUUCAUGUGUAAAACAGGUACGAGAAUUCACAUAUGAAUAGACUACGUUUCAUUUCAUUUCAUUUCUUUAUAUAUGUAAAUGUAGCUGUAUCCUAUCCAACAAUGAUUAGCAAUGCCCUGUUCAAAUGCUUGUAGUUUGAUUUCA